AUGGGCCUGGAUCUAUUCUCUAAAUCCACCAGUCAGUCUUGCCUCCUCAGCGAAGUACCACAGGAAAAUACGAAGAAUGAUAUAUUUGAGGAUGUAAAUGCCGUACCUAAAGUUAUUGUAAGAACAUAUUCAGGAGCAGUAGCGAUAUUGCCUUGCAAAAUAAAAGUUUCUAAAUUAUGGAAUAAGACAGUUAUAUGGCUCCAAAAAACAACUUUUUCCUAUAAACCAGUUCAAGAGGAUGACGGAAUUAUCACCGACUAUAACCUUACUAUUUUUAAUGUAAGAGCUGUGAACGCUGGUGAUUACCGUUGUGUCACGGACGACCAACUGGGAGUAAUUGCAACAUUGGAAGUUAUCGAUGAAGAACAAUACAAUGUAGUUAAACCAGCGACUUCAAAAGGUCCAUACCCGAUGAAACCAGUUUGGUUAAACUCUUUGUUGGUAAUGUCAAGUGUUUGGUCUGAUUGGAGUGAGUGUAGUCAAUGUGGGGCGGUGGGCAGGAGAAGGAGAUAUGGGAUGUGUUACGUCUCUCGUAUAAAUGAGUUUAUAACAACAAACUUUAAAUCAAACAUGACUAAAUGUGACGGGGAAAGUUCAAAACUGUUUAAGGUGUAUCCCGAUGGUAUCCCUUGUCGUUCCCGAAUAUUGCCGCCUUCUAUCCGAAACACGCCAUCAGUACAGCAGCGGCCAAACGAAAUUAUGCUCGGCCUGUGUAGGGUUCGAUGCAAAGAAGCAAUAGUUAACAUUCGAUCUGAGUCCGGCGAUAUAAUAGAGUCCGUAAACAACACCGCUGGCAUAUAUUCCCUCCAUCAGAACGCACCAUCACAACCACAGUUACCAGCGAGGAGAAUUAUGUACGUGGAACCAGGGGAAAGAGUCAUCAUUAUAUGUCAUGGUACAACCCUGCGUGACAUCCCGUUUACGUGGCGUGUCGACACCCAUGAGGUCAGCCCGAAGUAUCUCUGGAGCGCGAGCGGAGACAGGAUCCAUCUGAAUGCGAGAGAUCAUAUUAUCAUUAAACACGUAUUAUAUAGCGACGCUCGUGUAUACAGUUGUUGGCAAGAUGGUGUUCUGUGUGGUGUGGUAAAACUCCGUGUUAAUCGCAGCACUAAGACUACCACGAGGCUGCGUCUACGAAUAUUAAUUUUCAUUUUGAUACUAGCCAUUGUAUUGAGACUUACCUUAAGACUUAUUCGUUGCAGAGUACGUUAUUUAGGAAUUCAAGUGUAAUAAUAUUAAAUAAAAUUUUAAAUAUAAAUACG